GUAAUGGCCCGAGUUCUAAAAUAUCGCAGAAGCAAAGAGUCCAGACGCUGGCUGCGAAGUACAAAGACAUCCCGCGAUCGCAAAACGCAUCAUGGGAGGCCAUCGCGAAAAGUUUUGUAGCCGGAGGAUUUGCUGGUUGCUGUGCCAAAACUACAGUUGCGCCUUUGGACCGGACCAAAAUACUGAUGCAAGUGCACAGCAGGGCUUAUACAGAUAAAGCGAAUGUGUUCAAUAUAAUGAAAAAUAUUUAUUCCAAAGAGGGCAUACAAGGAUUAUACCGCGGUAAUAUGGCCAUGAUCAUUAGGGUAUUUCCGUACGGAGCACUCCAAUUCACCACCUACGAGCAGUACCGCAGAAUUUUUUUCGCCACUUUCGGACCCGAGUCCCACUUCGCAAGAGGGCUGUCAGGUUCAUGUGCUGGCUUAACCGCAGUCACCUGUACCUACCCAUUAGAAUUUGUGAGGUCUCGUUUAGCUUACCAAACUAAAGCCAAUAUUAUUUAUACCAGCUACAUAGAUACUUUCAGAAAAGUCUACACAACCGAAAGCGGGUUGAAGGGCUUUUAUAGAGGAAUUACGGCUUCAUGGCUAGGUAUGGUGCCAUACGCAGGCAUAUCUUUCUACUCAUUUGAAACGUUAAAAAGGAGAUGUCUAAAAACUAGAUGGAAAAUGCUCUGUAAAACGAACCCGAAUAACUCCGAUGAAAUUGUGUUGCGUCAUUUUGUUCACUCUCUGAUCGGAGGUUUUUCAGGUGCCAUUGCACAAACUGUAUCUUACCCGUGUGAUGUAACAAGACGUAGGAUGCAGUUAGCUAAAAUUUUACCGGAUUCACACGAGUACAGGAAUAUAAUAUCUACUAUGAAGUUUGUCUACAAGCAGCAUGGUAUAUUCAACGGACUCUAUAAAGGACUGAGUAUAAACUACCUCAGAAUCGUACCUCAGACGUCGGUGUCUUUCACAGUCUAUGAGUUCAUGAAGAGCAUGCUAGAUCUUCAAACUGGAAUUCCGAUCAAAACUGGCUAGCCGAGUCAUUUGGUUGGCUAUCGUCACAUUAAAAACAGAACGCACAACAAUUUGAAUGUGGAAUGCAUUGUAAAUAGUGUAUAUGGAACUAUCAUAAGUAUAUUCAUGAUUAACUCUUUUCUGGUUAAUUAUUAAAAAUUGAUGCGCGUUUUUGUUUCCAUGCUUCAAAUCAUCGGACAAGCGUGUUUCGUUUGCUUUGAUGUCAACGGAGUGCAUGCGGCAUGAAACUUUCAACGAGCGCUUUGAAAGUGUUCGAACGAACAUCAAAGUUUCAUUCAAUAACAAUGUCAUUUUUUUGUGUCGCUCAAUUAAAAUGUUGCACAUUUUGGAUGACCAUCUUGAUUUGGAAAUGAUACCCGAAGUGUGCGUAUUUAAGCAAAUAUAUAUGUCAAAGAUAUCAGUUGUUUUUGUAUGAAACUGUUUUGAGCUCGGCUCAUUACU